UAGGGUCAUGUGAGCAGAACGAGGACAUGAAACUGAAAGUAUAAACUGUUAGAUUCAGACUGCUGCCAACAGAGACGGAGGAAUCUUACAGACUGAAGCAGGGAUGAGUGGCCCUGAGGAGGAAGUGAAGGCCAGAGCAGAGUCUCCAGACCUCAGCUGUGUGUCUCUGAGGAGCGACUGGUCUAAAGAUAUUUUUCCAGACUUCAGUAAUGAACCUGGACCCUCAGACACAAAAGUUCAGCCCAGCAGACAGAGAGCAGAAUCUCCAGACCUCAGCUGUGUGUCUCUGAAGAGCGACUGGUCCAAAGAUAUUUUUCCAGACUUCAGUAAAGAACCUGGACCCUCAGACACAAAAGUUCAGCCCAGCAGACAGAGAGCAGAGUCUCCAGACCUCAGCUGUGUGUCUCUGAGGAGCGACUGGUCUAAAGAUAUUUUUCCAGAUUUCAGUAGAGAACCUGGACCCUCAGACACAAAAGUUCAUCCCAACAGACAUGGAGUAUCAAGCAGUCUGUCCAUGAAGAGUGACUGGUUUAAAGAUCAUCCUCCAGACUUCAGACUCAGGGCAGGUCGUGGUCUGCAGGAGGUUUUAGAUCAACAUAAGACCAGUCUGAGGACCAGAUGUGAACGUGUGACUGAAGGAAGUGAGGAAACAGGAAGUAGAACCCUCCUCAACAGGAUCUACACUGAGCUCUACAUCACAGAGGGACAGAGUGAAGAGGUGAACACCCAACAUGAGGUGAGACAGCUGGAGACCGCCUCCAAGAAGAAGAUCCUCCAGGACACUCCCAUCAAGUGCCAGGACAUCUUCAGAGCCUUACCCGGUCCACAGGAACCCAUCAGAGUGGUUCUGACAGUCGGCGUCGCUGGUGUUGGAAAAACCUUCUCAGUGCAGAAGUUCACUCUGGACUGGGCAGAGGGCUUGGAGAACCAGGACCUCAGUCUGGUGGUUCUGCUUUCAUUCAGGGAGCUGAACCUGAUCAGAGAGGAGCAGUACAGUCUCCUCCAGCUGCUCCAUGAGUUCCAUCCAACAUUACAGAAGGUCCCAGCAGAGACGCUGGCUGUCUGUAAACUGGUGUUCAUCUUUGACGGUCUGGACGAAAGCAGACUGUCUCUGGAUUUCAACAACACUCAGGUUGUGUCUGACGUCACACAGAGCUCAUCCAUAAACCUGCUGUUAACAAACCUCAUCCAGGGGAAUCUGCUCCCCUCAGCUCUGGUCUGGAUCACUUCUCGACCCGCAGCAGCCAAUCAGAUCCCUCCUUCACGCGUUGACAGGGUCACAGAAGUCCGAGGCUUCACUGACGCCCAGAAGGAGGACUACUUCAGGAAGAGGAUCAGUGAUGAAGAUCUGUCCAACAGAAUCCUCUCACACAUCAAGACCUCCAGGAGCCUCCACAUCAUGUGUCAGAUCCCGGUCUUCUGCUGGAUCACUGCUACAGUCCUGGAGCACAUGAUGAGCACAGAGCAGAGAGGAGAGCUGCCCAAGACCCUGACUGACAUGUACUCACACUUCCUGCUGGUCCAGACCAAGAGGAAGAGGAAGAAGUAUGACGUGUUGAAGAUAAGUUCACAGAAACCCACUAAAGCAGACCGGGAAGUUCUCCUGAAGCUGGGCCGGCUGGCGUUUGAACAGUUGAGGAAAGGAAACAUCAUGUUCUACCAAGAAGACCUGGAGCAAUGUGGUCUGGAUGUCACAGAGGCCUCGGUGUACUCAGGACUCUGUACAGAGAUCUUCAAAUCAGAGUGUGUGAUCUUCCAGAAAACAGUCUACUGCUUUGUUCAUCUGAGCGUUCAGGAGUUUCUGGCUGCAGUCUACUUGUGUCACUGUUACUCAACCCAAAACCAUGAAGUACUGAAGGUCUUCCAAACAGAGGACAAAGACACCAGUGAUCAGAAGAACCCAACACUGGAUGUCCUCUUGAGGAGCUCCCUGGAGCUAUCCCUUCAAAGUAAGAAUGGUCACCUGGACCUGUUUGUCCGCUUCCUCCAUGGACUCUCUCUGGAGUCAAACCGGAGACUCUUAAGAGGCCUGCUGGGCCGGAUAGACAUCAGUCCAGAGAUGAUCCAAAGAGUCAUCAACAACCUGAAGGAGAUGAACAGUGAUGAUAUGUCUCCUGACAGAAGCAUCAACAUCUUCCACUGUCUGACGGAGAUGAAGGACCUCUCGGUCCAUCAAAAGAUCCAAGACUUCCUGAAGUUAGAGAACAGAUCAGAGAAGAGACUCUCUGAUAUCCAGUGCUCUGCUCUGGCCUACAUGCUGCAGAUGUCAGAGGAGGUUCUGGAUGAGUUGGACUUAGAGAAGUACAACACAACACGACAUGGAAAGCUGAGACUGAUUCCAGCUGUGAGGAACUGCAGGAAGGCUCGACUUGUUCACUGUGGACUGUCAGAAGCUCACUGUGAAGUUGUGGCCUCAGCUCUGAAGUCCAACCCCUCCCACCUGAGAGAGCUGGACCUGAGCUUCAACCUGCUGCAGGAUGCUGGACUGACGCUGUUAUCAGCUGGAUUGGAGAGUCCCAACUGUAGACUGGAGACUCUGAGAUUAAGACUCUGCAGUUUGUCAGAGAUCAGCUGUGCUUCUCUGGCCUCCGCUCUGAAGUCCAACCCCUCCCAUCUGAGAGAGUUGGAGCUGAGUGAAAACAUGCUGAAGGAUUCAGGAGUGGAGCUGCUGCUUGAUUUUCUGCAGAGUCCACACUGCAGACUGGAGACUCUGAGACUGACUGACUGCUGUUUGUCAGAGAGCAGCUGUGCUUCUCUGGCCUCCGCUCUGAAGUUCAACCCCCCCCAUCUGAGAGAGCUGGACCUGAGUAAAAACUAUCUGCAGGAUGCAGGAGUGGAGCUGCUGUGUGGUUUUCUGCAGAGUCCAGUCUGCAGAUUGGAGACUCUGAGCUUGAGUUUCUGCGGUUUGUCAGAGAUCAGCUGUGCUUCUCUGGCCUCCACUCUGAAGUCCAACCCCUCCCAUCUGAGGGAGCUGGAGCUGAGUAAAAACUAUCUGCAGGAUUCAGGAGUAAAGCUGCUGUGUGGUUUUCUGGAGAGUCCAGUCUGCAGACUGGAGACUCUGAGACUGGCUGACUGCAGUUUGUCUGAGAUCAGCUAUGCUUCUCUGGCCUCAGCUCUGAAGCUCAACCCCUCCCAUCUGAGAGAGCUGGAGCUGUAAGGAAACAAGAUGCCGGCCUCUGGAGAGGAGCUGUUGUCUGAUCUUUGGAAGAGUCCAGACUUUAAACUGUAGACUCUGAGGUCAGUGACAGGUGUUGGAGUGGGUCCACGUUUGGUUCAGCAGUAUUUUAGUAAACACCUUUAAUGCUGAUUUAUAUUUCUGCGUCUCCCCCUACGCAGCAGGGUCUGACGCCGACAUGAGCAUCACAUACUUGUACGUCGAUGUCUCCGUGUUGCGCAACAAUUCUCCUCCUAAACACUUGAGGGCGGUGUGGUCUCUCUGAUAGCCAGAUGGAGAUGAAAUACACGGACGAUGAGUGGGGAUCCAGGAAGUGCUGUAAAUGCAGGAAAUACAAUGCAGCUGAGCCGACCAAUCACAGGGCUUGCAGUCCGUGUCGAUUCUACACAUAGUUACAUCUUGGAGGAGGUGCACGUCAGCUUCGUGCACCUCGGAUAAAUCAGCCUUUAAGAUCCUUAUUCCCUCCUAAAUCUUUGACCCACCCAGUGACUGUGAGAGGGAACAGAGGCAGGCUUCAGGAUUGGAGGUUGACAAAGACAGAGAGAGAUCAGGCAGCCAGUCAGAUCAGGCGGAGGCUUGUUGUGAAGGAGAUUUAGAAGCUAUAUAUUUCAGACUUUUGCCUUUAUUAAAUAUGACAGCUGAAGAGAGACAGGAAACGUGGGUGAGUAGAGAGUGGAGGAAGACGUGCAGGAGAUGGUCGCGGCCGGGAGUCGAACGGGCGACAAUGUGGGGCGUAUGUAUGUGGGGCGCUUAGACCGCUAGGCCACCAGGACUGUUUAACUCGAUGUGACGACAGCUGUCAUUGUUGUGUUCCAACUAUUCAACUGUCCCUGAGACAACAAUAUGAAUCCUAGAAGAAGUACAUCCAUCAUUACAAUGAGCAGUGAAUGUCUCCCUGUUUCUGCAGCAGUGCUCUCAUGGCCUCUCAGCACCUUGUUUUACCUGUGUAUCUAAGUCCUGUUUCUGCAGCAGUGCUCUCGUGGCCUCUCAGCACCUUGUUUUACCUGUGUAUCUAAGUCCUGUUUCUGCAGCAGUGCUCUCAUGGCCUCUCAGCACCUUGUUUUACCUGUGUAUCUAAGUCCUGUUUCUGCAGCAGUGCUCUCAUGGCCUCUCAGCACCUUGUUUUACCUGUGUAUCUAAGUCCUGUUUCUGCAGCAGUGCUCUCAUGGCCUCUCAGCACCUUGUUUUACCUGUGUAUCUAAGUCCUGUUUCUGCAGCAGUGCUCUCAUGGCCUCUCAGCACCUUGUUUUACCUGUGUAUCUAAGUCCUGUUUCGGCCUCUGCUCUGAACAGGUUGAAGUCUGUGCUGGUCUUUAACUGUUGUCAUCACAGGGGAACACUCCAGGUGGAGGUGACUGUCAGUGCUGCAGUCUGAACUGACCUCAGCUCCACUAUCAGUCAAACCCAGCCCUGUGUGUUCCUCUGGAUGCGACGGAGCAUCAUGGCAGCGUCUGGGCUGCUCUGCUGCUGCUCUGUGCCUCUGCACAGUCUCUGCAGACACACUGAUAUGUUAUCUAUCCAGGGAGCGUGUGCACUGCAGGUUUGCUCUGUCCAACGGCUUCCUGGGUCCAGCAUAGAGAGAACAACAUACAAACAUUAGUUACAGAGCCUUCCUGUGGUGGAUGCACGGCUCAUUAAUACAGUGUUGUGUUACUUUGUGCUUGUAUCAUUGCAGAGUAUAGUGCAUAUCUAUAAAGUUUAGUUUUUGCAGGUUUAAAUGAGUUUAAUAUGAAUAAGUGUGCUCUACUUUAUUGCCCUGUUACCUUCUGACACAGUGUUCAUCUUAAAGUGUUGUUGUAGUCGACAUGUAUCAUGUAUCUAUUUGAAGCUGUUAACAGUGAUAUCCAUGAUCAACGAGUAUAUCUCCUGUCUAUGAUUCUUUAAAGGUCAGGAGUCUGUAUGUAGUGUUUUAUUUUUAUAAUGAGCUGAUGUUACAUGCUGUUCUCAUGCCUGACUUCCUGUCCAGGUUGAUCUUCUCUGUUCAGCCUGAUGUGUGCUUGGCCUUAAAACCCUGACCUGCAUAAACUCAGGCCAAAUAUUAUCAUUAACAUGUACAAAUCAAGCAAUUCAUCAUUUCACUUGCAUUGCUACAGCAGCUAAUUAUAGGACUCAUAAACAGAGCAAGACUUUGCAACAACAGUAUAUUUGUGUAAAUUAUAUUCCACUUUAACUCCUUGUAUGUGGACUCAUGCUUGAUCAAUACUGCUGAUGCCAAUUCCAUAAUAAAACACGUGUUACCCUGUU